AUGGAAACUUCAAUGUUUAAUGAACAGGAUGAUGACAAUGUGUAUAUUACAGAGGACGAUGAUGAUAUGUUUUUUGUAGAGCUAUCACGUUGUAUUCAUGAAAAUCGUGAGCAAAAUGAAUUUGAUGAUAAUGAAGAUUAUGAUAUUCAAG